GUUAGCCAAGUUGGAAAAUUUUCAUUUUUCAUCAUCAUUGUGAGGGUUUGUCAUGUUACAGCAUGCUUCUCCCACUGCCCUUCCUUUGUCUUUUAUAGGAAAUUUUAUUUACUUUUCGAACAGUUUGACUGGAAGUACUAAAAUAAGUCGUAGAAUUCCUAUCGGUACCAAAGUACGGUGCUUCAACGUUCGUUCAAACCGCAAUCCUUUGCUUAUGACAGGAGUCCAAGAAAGGACAACCUCAAAGGAGUCAGACUAUGCACUCGUCAAAAUAAAGCGAGCUUUGAUAUCCGUCUCCGAUAAAAGUUGUCUUAUCGAUGUGGGCAAAGCUUUGGAAGAUCUAGGAGUAGAAAUUCUCUCUACCGGUGGAUCUGCACGGAAGCUUCGUGAAAAUGGACUUAAAGUAACAGAUAUUUCCGACUUUAGUGGUUUUCCAGAAAUAUUGGGUGGCCGAGUAAAAACUUUACACCCCGCCAUACACGGUGGAAUACUUAUGAGAAGAGAUGUCGCAACGGAUGAAGAAGAAGCAAAAACACAUCAAAUUCAUGAAAUAGACCUUGUCAUUGCAAACUUAUAUCCUUUCGAAGAAGCGUGUAUGGAAAGCGACCUUUCUCAUUGUAUCGAACAAAUAGAUAUAGGGGGAACAGUUCUUAUUCGAGCAGCAGCUAAGAACCACCGUUGGGUUACUGUAGUUUCUGAAAUCAGCCAGUAUCCAGAAUUAUUAUCGGAACUCUCAGAGUUUGAUGGUUGCACUCGCUUAGACUUUAGAAAGAAACUUGCUGCCAGAGCUUUUGCUAGAUGUGCUUCUUAUGAUGCUGUUAUUGCUGAGCGAUUCUUUCAAGAAACCCAUGAAAAUGAGUUACCUCCAGUACUCACAGUUACUGCAAUGUUGCAACAGGAAUUGCGCUAUGGAGAAAAUCCUCAUCAAAAGGCUGCCUUUUACGUGAAGCAAUGUCAGAAACGGCCUUUGCCAGGAGUGGCUUCUGCAGAACAGAUUCAAGGAAAGGAAUUAAGUUAUAACAAUAUUGCGGAUACCGAUGCUGCAUUUCAAUUGGUUUGUGAGUUUGAAGAACCUGCAGUUGCUAUUAUCAAACACAGUAAUCCUUGUGGAGCAGCCGUUGGAGUAUCUGCAGAAGAUGCAUAUUUAAAGGCACUAUCUUGUGAUAGCUUAUCUGCUUUUGGAGGCAUUGUGGCUUGUAAUAGGACUAUUGAUCUUGCUGCUGCGGAAGCCAUUACAAAGAUAUUCACCGAGGUUCUUAUUGCACCUGAUGCUACCACGGAAGCACUUUCAGUAUUAAGUUGUAAGAAGAAUUUACGUGUUCUAUUGACUGGUUCUUUGAUGGAUAUGAGAGAAUCGAUGCCUACAUUUCGUUCGGUGAAUGGUGGCAUUCUAUAUCAGACCAGUGAUAAUGGACAUAUUGGAAAGGAUGACCUUCAAGUAGUCACCAAACGUGUUCCUACACAAACAGAAUUGGAAGAUUUGCUCUUUGCUUGGAGAAUAUGUAAACAUAUCAAAUCCAAUGCCAUAGUCUUGGCCAAGAAUAAAGCCACUGUAGGAGUUGGUGCGGGUCAAAUGAGUCGCGUCGAUGCUUCUCAUAUUGCCAUUUGGAAAGCAACAGAAGCUGCAAAAGCAACGGAUGAAGCACACAGCAGAGCAGUGGGUUCUGUGUUGGCUUCAGAUGCUUUCUUUCCAUUCGAAGAUGGAUUGGUUAUCGCCUGUGAAGCAGGAGUACAGGCAGUUAUUCAACCAGGGGGUUCUAAACGUGAUGAAGAAGUUAUAGCUGCAGCGGAUCGUUAUGGUAUUAGUAUGGUAUUUACUGGAAUGAGACAUUUUAGGCAUUAGUAAAACGCAAUGGUUAACUACUCCAUUU